GCUGGCUGCGUAAAAAUAUAGUCAACAGUGAAUGUUUACACGACGACAUAGAACUGUUUCUUUCUGUGGAUUUGUUAACUGCAAGGAGAGCUAUCCACAACAUGGAUAUUGAGUAUUGACUUUACUUUUGAGAUAAUCCCAAAAACAUCCUGGCUGUAAAUAAAACAUCAGUAAACCAUGUCGUGGGUUUUCAGCAAGGCAGAGAAUCUUCUCAACACGUUGGAUCAAUCCGCAAGUAAUGUCCUAACCACCACACCCACCCAGGAGAAGAACUCCAGUCAUUCCAACGGAGGAGCCGGUCAUUUCACUCCAAAUGACUCCUCCACCAGAAGCAGUGGCUUCGGUGAUGGCUUCACACCGUCGACCCACUUCCCUCAGAUGUCCACUUCAUCUAGUUCCCACAACCUCACGGCCACUGACUUGGCAAACACCGCCAACAUCCGAAGGACUCCUAGUGACAGCUCUCUAAACUCAGGCUCACCUGUAGCGCAGAAGAGCCGAAGCUCCAAGCUCCGCACAGACCAAGAUGAUGAGAAACUAUUUGAAUUUUUGAAUAAACCAUCAACAACGGGAAGAUCGUCACCGCAAGUUGGGGACAAACGGAAAGAUAGAAAAAGUAUUGUGAACAGUGGGAGUGGAGUGGCAAUAAAUGGCCGACACUCGAGACAGUCGAGUACAUCAUCGACAAUGUCCUCUAAAAGUGCUAGGGUGGAAGGAAGUACCCAAGAUCUGUCUUCAUCACCAACUAUCGACCAACAAGGCCUUACCCAAGCUGGUGUCGACCAAGCAGACAGCAGUGAACCCCCGACAGCCAACAACAUCUCAGAUAGUGAUCGCUCAGAGAGCCUUGAGGAGUCUUACCCGUCUGCCGCCCCCAUCCAGGAGCAAGGCAUCCAAGAUGACCACUCCCACCAGCUGUCAUCCCUAGCGUUGGAGAACAAACUAUUGAAGAAUGAGGUUGCAUCCCUCAACCAGGAAAUGAUGGCAGCCCACAGCAGGGCUCGUAGUGCACAAGAAGAGCUCUACAGAGUCAAAGAGGAGAUGCAACGACGCCAGCAGCAGAUGUCCAGCAGUGACAGCAUCAUCAGACAGCUGCAGGCAAGAGAGGAAGAUCUGACUGAGGAACUUGGUGCUAAGAACUCACAGCUUGCCGUCCUCAGGGUUCGCCUCCAAGAAGCAGACGGAGAACUCAAGGCAAAGAGCAAGCUAUUCGAGGAGGUUCAGUCGGAACGGAAUAGGAUUUUACGUGAUCAUAGUGAUGCUAGCGGAGUUCAUAGUAACGCCUUGGACUCUGUCAAAGAGAAGCUUCAAGAAACUGAAGGAACCUUGAAGAGGGAGCAGGAUGCUUAUAAAUCAGCCCAGGUUGAGUUUAUGGAGAGACAGGGAAGAUUGGAAUCGGAGCAGCAGAACCUAGCUGAGUCAUUGACAACCACCCAGAAGAGAUAUCAUGAAGAAAAAAAUAACACACACCGUCUUGCCCAGCAGCUCAAGACAGCUAAGAGUCAGUUGGACAGUGUCAAAGAAGAGCUUGUCGAUUACAAGCAAAAAGCAACCAGAAUACUGCAGUCGAAAGACAAACUAAUAGCCAGUCUUAAAGAAGGUUCAGGGUCAAGCGAGGGCAGUAUUGCAUCAAGUGUUGAGCUAGAAGAGCUAAGGAAUGAGAGGGAUGGCAUGAGGGAGGAGCUUCAGGUUGCUGGUGGGCGGAUACAACAACUACGGACUGAGUUACAGGAGCUUGAAGUCCUACAGCAGAAUGAAUCCGAUACGGCGCAGGAUCAGAUCCGAGAUCUGGAAGACCAGCUGUCCACCACAGAGCAACAACUACGAGAGGUAGAGACGGACUUGAGACAGAAAACGGAAGAGUUGAGGUACGCCGAGGAUGAAGGAUACAAGUCGAAGAUGAGUUUGCAGACGAGGCUACAGGAUAGAGAGGACGACAUUCAGAAACUGAGAAAUCAGAUGAUGGCAAAAAGUGCAAGUAGUACAUCGCAGAUAGAGCUUGAGUCCAGGCUUCGUGCCCUCACUGAGAGUCUAAUACAGAAACAAACAAUGUUAGAAGCUCUAAGCACUGAGAAGAAUUCACUAGUCAUGCAGCUUGAAAGAAUGGAGAGACAGCAUAAAGAGAUUGAGCUAAAUGCAGUCAGAAAUAAAAGUCACGUCAUUAACGUGGGGAACGCAGAGGAAGAUGAUGGAACCAGACAGCGUGGGUUACCUGCCUUCCUAAGAGAGACGCCUUUAGAUGCUGUGGUCACAAAGAACGUCAAACGUGCAGCAAAUACACUUGACCGUUUCAGCAUUAGACUGGGGUUGUUUCUCAGGCGCUACCCCAUAGCCAGACUGUUUGUCAUUGCGUACAUGAUCCUGCUUCAUCUGUGGGUGAUGAUCGUACUGCUAACCUACACCCCUGAAAUACAUGGAUCCAACUUCCAUCCGCAAGGCCCAAAAUAAUAAAUAAUAGUGCUCCACUGGUCUGCUGGAGAAGGGUUGGUAAUGUACCUCAUGCAUAUGAUGUCUUAUCAGUAGGGCGCCCUCACCUAGAGGUAAAAAAGCGGCAGUUCAUAGGCCAAACCUGUGUGCCGCGCAUAGAAAUCUGUGUGUUUUGACAGUUUCGUCAUCAAUUUACCUCUAAGAUGGGGGCUGGAUGACGACAAUGCAUCAGGUCUAUAGUUCAAAUUUAUAUUACAUUCUUUAAUGAAGGAUUUAUUGUCGCCUCCCGUAAGCAUGCACAAGUUUUUAAAACUUAUCAAACCCCCCCCCCAUCCCAACAAACAAUCUCAAGUAACUAAGGAGUGUAAACGGGUAUUACCAAACCACAAUACCAUUCCUGUUUUCACUGGUCCCUAUUCGUAAGCCUUGAUUAAGGAGAGUGAAGUCAAGUGUCUUUAUCUCGCAAAACCAAAAAUAAAAAAUCAAUUGUCCCUAAGAUGGGUGUUUAUCUGACACAAGUUGGAUGAAACCAGCUGCCAUUUGCUUUGGCCAGUUUCUUCUGUACAUACAUCUUAUAUUUUGUCAGUUGUAAAUUAGUGGACAGACAUUUUAUCCUAAAUUCCUCUCUGCUGUUAGUCCAGGCAGUCAUUGGUGACUUUGGAUUUGUCAAAUUGACUACUUAAAUAAUAUUAAUUUUAAAAAGGUGCAAUUACAUUUUAUAGGUACUACAUUGCAAAACGUUGCUCUAUUCAUAAAUUAGGUUUUUUUGCGGUGAAUUGUUUGGAAACUACAUCCAAUGUAACAGUUUUUAUUUGUGGGGCGUUUGUUGGUCAGAGAUAUAUUUAUUACAGAUUAUGAGGGUUCUAUGCCAUGAUCAAGAUUGUAUGUAAGCCCAAAUAAUAUGUGGUUAAUGUUUGUAAAUAAAAUAAAACAUAAAUUAUAUGAGGAAAAAGUACCUACAUACACUAUUCACCCCAAUGCACCAACGUCACAUGCAUCAACUGUCUGUCACCCUCGCCAUUUUCUUAGUCAAAUUGCUCAUAAAAAUUAAGGCGCACUACACUGUAUAUCACUCAAAGACUUUUAUUGGUUUGCGGUAACACCAUGUGUGUAUCUACUUGCCAGGUAGAGUUUGUUCUUAGAGAACUGUCUUGCUUUAA